UAGUUCCAAGGGCCUAUAUACAUAUGUGUGUAUUUAUGGGCACUUUUAAAUAAAAAACUGUACCUUUGUAAGUGAGAGCAACAACAACAACAAUGGCCUUUUUGAUGGCAAUCGCUGGUGUAUUCUUGGUUCUCUAUUUUUGCUAUGCACUCUUGAGAUGGAACGAAAUAAGGUAUAGGAAGAAAGGUUUGCCACCUGGCACAAUGGGGUGGCCAGUUUUUGGAGAGACAAGUAAGUUUCUUGAGCAAGGUCCAGAUUUCAUGAAAAAACAAGCAGCAAGGUAUGGAAGUUUUUUCAAAUCACACAUAUUUGGUUGUCCUACAGUUAUUUGUAUGGAUGCAGAACUUAAUAGAUACAUAUUGAUGAAUGAAUCGAAAGGUCUUGUUGCUGGAUAUCCUCAAUCUAUGUUAGAUAUCUUAGGAAAUUCUAAUAUUGCUGCUGUUCAUGGUCCUGCUCAUAAGUUCUUGAGAGGUGCACUGUUAUCACUUGUUAGCCCACAAAUGUUAAGAGAUAUAGUUUUGCCAAGAAUUGAUAGGUUUAUGAGUUCUCACUUAACUGAUUGGGAUGGAAAAAUUAUCAACCUUCAAGAUCAUACUAAAGAGGUGAUAUUCCUUUCAAUUAUGGAUCAAAUUGCAAGUAUAGACCCAAGGUCAAAAAGGGCUGAUUAUUUCAAGACACAUUUUUUUAAGCUUGUUUUGGGAACACUUUCUCUACCUAUUAACCUUCCUGGAACAAAUUACCGCAAUGGAGUUCAGGCAAGGAAGAAUUUACUUAGCAUGUUGAGACAAAUACUAGAGGAAAGAAAAGCAUCGAAUGAAAGUUAUAAAGACAUGCUUAGUUGUUUAAUGAAAACAGAUGAAAAUAAGUACAAACUAAAUGAUGAUGAAAUCCUUGACCUAGAACUCACACUUAUGUAUUCUGGUUAUGAAACUGUUUCAACCACAUCUAUGAUGGCUCUCAAGUUUCUCCAUGACAAUCCCAAAGCUCUUGAAGAAAUUAGAAAAGAGCAUUUGGCCAUAAGAGAGAGGAAAAAGCCAAAUGAACCAAUUAAUUUUGAUGAACUCAAAUCAAUGAAGUUUACACGUGCGGUGAUUUUGGAGACAUCUAGAUUGGCCACAGUAGUUAAUGGAGUUCUAAGAAAAACCACUCAUGAUGUGGAACUAAAUGGCUAUUUAAUUCCUAAAGGAUGGAGAAUAUAUGUUUUUACAAGAGAGAUAAAUUAUGAUACUUCUCAAUAUCCUGAUCCAUUAUCAUUCAAUCCAUGGAGAUGGAUGGAGAAGAAUUUGGAAUCACACAAUUAUUUCUUCCUAUUUGGAGGUGGCACUAGACUUUGUCCAGCAAAAGAGUUGGGAAUCACAGAAAUUUCAACUUUUUUGCACUACAUUCUAACUAGAUACAGGUGGGAAGAAGUAGGAGAAACUAAACUAGAGAAAUUUCCUAGAGUUCAAGCACCAAAUGGAAUGCACAUGAGAUUUUCAUCGUACUAACUGUAUUGGGAUACGAUGAACUCAAAUCAAUAAAGCAUUUAGAAUGAUGUUGUUGUUUCAGAAAUUAAAAUAAAAUGUAUUAAACAAAUUGGGUUGAGACUUGGAGCCCCAUGCUUAGUAUUGGAAUAUGGAGGGUAGGAAAGAAUGUUUUUCUAUACUCCUUUUAUAACUACACUUUCAUUUAUUAUUAUAAGAUGAACUUAGCCACAACAAAACCUUGUCUCAUACAACCUUCGACAAAGGACAAACAAACAGUAGUUGGUCCAAUGAUUUUAUGGCCGAGGAACAAAACACACAUAUUGCUCAUUGAUAUUGGAUAUAAUUGCAUGAUAA